UCAGCACGGCAUGCUCACGCCCCCGCGCGUCGCAUCCGCACGCUCUCCUCAACUCCCCGACAAAACCACACACAUCAAAAUGGGACCUUGCCUCGCUAAGCCCGCCCCGGAGCUCACCCCCGAGGACGUCGUCGGCGUCCUCCAAGAUCGCGGAUGGACGGCGGAGAUCGUCAAAGCCGCGGACGUCGCCGACCUCGUCGACGUCUCGCCGACCGGCUACCUCAAGUGCGUCGACGGCCGCGCGGUCGAUCACAACAACACCGCGGGCCCGAAGAUGCUCGGAGGCGUCUACGCCAUCGCGCACAACCGCGGCAAGAAGACCACGGCGGACCUCGAGGCGAUCUGCGCGGAGGUCGCAAAGGCUGGCCACGUUCCCUCCGUCCACGGCGACGGCGACGGCAACAUGCUCGGCUGCGGCUACUGCAAGCUCUGGCUCACGGGCAAGUUCGCGGACCUCGACCCGGUCAAGGGCGCUCCCCCGACGUACUCCGCGGACGAGGGCGCCGCCGCGGUCAAGUCCGGCGGCGGCAAAGUCGAGAUGUGCAAGGGGAAGCACGCGGAGAAGUUCGUCUACAUCAACUUCGUCGCGGAUAAGACCGUGGAACCCAACGGGGACAACCAGAAGUUCGUCGUCGACGCGUGGUGCGCGAAGAAGUUCAAGCUCGACAUCCCGUCGUACCUCGUCACCGCGGCCGCGACCGUGGAGCGUCUCGGCGGGCCCAAGAUCGCGAAGCUCGUCGUCCCGUAAACGGCGCACGGCGACUUCCGCGUUGAUUCGUUCCGCGCGGGGGGAACCCGCGAUCGGCAUUCGGAUCCGCGGCGCCUCCCUCCGCGGCGUGAAUUGAGAUGGAUGAUUUUU